CAUGUUUUGGUGCUGUGACACCGGAAGAAUUGCACACAGGCUCCAGAAGUGUCUUUUUUUCACUUGAGUAGGUCUCUGUGGAUGAGGCUUAGUAAUUACCUUGUUUUAAAGCUAUUUCUCUAUAGUCUGAACUGUUUAAUAAGUUGAGUCACUUACCAAUGAGCCACACAGCCAGUCCUUGUCAGGAGCUGGUUGAAAACUGUGCUGUGCAUGUAGCAGGGAUGGCACAAGAAGAUAGCCGUCGGGGUCAAGUGCCAUCUACCUUUUAUCAUGGUGCCAACCAAGAACUUGACCUGUCCACCAAAGUGUAUAAAAGAGAAUCAGGAAGCCCAUAUUCUGUGUUAGUAGACAACAAGAUGAGCAAACCACAUCUGCACGAGACAGAGGAACAGCCAUAUUUCAGGGAGACAAGAGCAGUGUCUGACGUGCGUGCUGUCAAAGAAGACCGGGAGAAUUCUGAUGACACAGAAGAGGAGGAAGAGGAGGAGGAGGAGGAAGUCUCUUACAAAAGGGAGCAGAUCAUAGUGGAGGUAAACCUUAAUAAUCAAACGUUAAAUGUAUCUAAAGGGGAAAAGGGUGUCUCUUCUCAGUCCAAAGAGACUCCUGUUCUUAAGACAAGCAGUGAGGAGGAAGAGGAAGAGAGUGAGGAAGAGGCCACUGAUGACAGCAAUGACUAUGGAGAGAAUGAAAGGCAGAAGAAAAAGGAGAAGCUAGUGGAGAAAGUCAGCGUUACACAAAGGCGAACGAGGAGAGCUGCCUCUGCUGCUGCAGCUGCCACUUCCCCUACUCCCAGAACUACAAGAGGGCGUAGGAAGAGUGUAGAGCCACCCAAGCGUAAGAAGCGGGCCACAAAGGAGCCCAAAGCACCAGUCCAGAAAGCUAAGUGUGAAGAGAAAGAGACUCUGACCUGUGAGAAGUGCCCCAGGGUGUUUAAUACUCGCUGGUACCUGGAGAAGCACAUGAACGUUACUCACAGGCGCAUGCAGAUCUGUGAUAAAUGUGGCAAGAAGUUUGUCCUGGAAAGUGAGCUGUCCCUUCACCAGCAAACAGACUGUGAAAAAAACAUUCAGUGUGUUUCCUGUAACAAAUCAUUCAAGAAACUCUGGUCCCUUCAUGAACAUAUCAAGAUUGUCCACGGAUAUGCAGAAAAGAAAUUUGCCUGUGAAAUUUGCGAGAAGAAAUUCUAUACGAUGGCCCACGUGCGGAAACACAUGGUUGCACACACAAAAGACAUGCCGUUUACAUGUGAAACCUGUGGAAAGUCAUUCAAACGCAGUAUGUCACUCAAGGUGCACUCCUUGCAGCAUUCUGGAGAGAAGCCCUUCAGAUGCGAGAACUGUGACGAGAGGUUCCAGUACAAGUACCAGCUCCGCUCCCACAUGAGCAUCCAUAUUGGACACAAGCAGUUCAUGUGCCAGUGGUGCGGCAAGGACUUCAACAUGAAGCAGUACUUCGACGAGCACAUGAAGACACACACUGGAGAGAAGCCCUUUAUCUGUGAAAUCUGUGGCAAAAGCUUCACCAGCCGCCCUAACAUGAAGAGGCACCGCAGAACUCACACAGGCGAGAAGCCCUACCCCUGCGACGUGUGCGGCCAGCGGUUCCGCUUCUCCAACAUGCUCAAGGCGCACAAGGAGAAGUGCUUCCGGGUGACCAGCCCCGUGAACGUGCCGCCUGCCGUGCAGAUCCCACUCUCCGCCGCCCCGGCCCCGGUCCCCGCCGUGGUCAACACGCCCGCCAGCCCCGCGCCGCCCGCCAGCCUGAACCCCGUCAGCGCCCUCCCGCCUCGGCCCGUCCCGCACCCGUUCUCGCACCUGCACAUCCACCCGCACCCGCACCACCCGCACCACCUUCCCAUCCCUCCGGUCCCGCACCUGCCCCCGCCGCCCGCGCUCUUCAAGAGUGAGCCUUUAAACCACAGAGGCCAGAGUGAGGACACCUUCCUGCGGCACCUGGCGGAGAAGAACAGCCCGGCACAGCACCAUUAGCGCGGCCCCGAGCUGGAGCUGCCUUCCCAGGUGAGUCCGUGGAGAGGGAGAGGGAGCGGCGUCCAUCUGUCAAUCAGCAGACCCAAGGGAGAGAGCGCCAAGACGACCUUGAACUCACAGGGAAGCUGUCCUCCAAACCAGGGGAACUACGAACUAAAGCCCAAUUUGCUUGCAUUUUCUGAUGACUUUUAUAAAUUUCAAAUACUCAGACUUGUGGGAUUUUAUAAUUUCAUAUCAGCUGAUGAGGUAUGCUUGCUUUUAUAUCCCAGACUUCUCCUCAAAGAGGGGAUAGGCCUGGUUUCCUUUGUACUAAUCGGGAAGGCUGUGAGAUUAAUCCAGAGCAUUAAUUGUAUCACUGUGUAUUGUAAUGAAUUCUUUUUAGCUUUUGGUGCUGGCUACAGAGUUGAGCUGGCCAUGUUUCACAGUAUAUCAAGCAUUAUAGAGAAAGACGGAAUUGUCUUCUUUGUGUAGCUCUUAACACACUCUUUAUUUUACUACAGAAAUUAUUUUAGAGUUUUUGUAUAGACUUCUUUAGUAGUCUGUUUCUAAAAUGAAAUGUAUUUCAAUAAGCGGUGUAAUUUUUUCAGUGCAGCUGAACCUAUGUUGUAAAAUAGAAAAAGAUUUUUAUAAUCAUCAAAAUGUGAUUCUUAAAGAUGCAUAUUAAAACCUCUAUAAUUCAAAGUUAUUCUUACAUCCGUACAACUCAAAGGUGCUUCAGAGACUAGAUGUGUCUGAGAAGGUCGCCAGACCAGGUCACUGCAAAGGCGAGGUUUUACUUUCAGGAUGUGGUAUAAGUACUCAGUAGUUUUAAAAUCUCUGCUCAGCACAGAUGUGGGUCAGGCUCUCUGUCGUGCUCCUGUCCCCGUGUUCCUUUGGGCUGUGUUAGUGCAUUAAAUGGGCUGAUGCGCAGGGCUUUAGGCUCCUUGGGAAAGUCAUCUAAAGCUUGCUUGAUUUGGAUCUGAGUGAUGUUUACCUUCAGGAGAAGGAAGUAGCAAAGAUUGUUUCCUUUAGUCUCAUCUGUUUCUCACUUCCCUUAGGAACUGUGUUCAUCUUUAACUGUUAGGGGAAGACAAAUUGGAGUUUCUCAUUUUGAGGUUUGCUUUAUUUUCUAGAAUUGUUACGAAAAGCUAAAACAGUAAACUUAAAUCAUAAACAUGAUAUUGCUGGUAGUGGCUGAGAAAUUUGGAUGAAACAAAUUGAGUUUUAUGAGUUAAAAUGUCUGUGACGUAUAAAACGUGUGUGUGUCCACAACUUUGAGCUAUUUUCACAGUUUAAAUUGUAGUGAGGGUGGGUCCUAAGUUUUGCUACCCUGUGCUCUGCAGACCAUAACAGGACACCAGCAGCCGUGAGUGAGGAGAACAGUGUGCCUCCCGGCACCUCCCCAGUAAGAGCCCACUUCCUGUUCACGCUUUGUGCUUCCAAAGAACACUGUCAAUCAGGAAUUGAUGACGGGGCUGGAGCGAAGGGCUGACAUACGGUUACACUUAACUAAGAUUUAUCCAGACUCCGUCAGCUACACUUUCAUACUUCCUCAUCUCCGAGAACAGUUCCAAGGGUAGCUCACUUCUCACUCCUCCUCCCUUUUUUAAUCUUGAAACUCCUUCAUUCCUCUUUCCUCAGGCUCUUAAAUCAUGGCCUGAAUCAGAACCUGGAUUUUAUUUAUUUUUUUAUUUUUAAUAUUAAAUGUGCAGAUACGCGUCAAGCACUUUUCUUGCUGGUUGGUUCUGUAGCAGGGAAAAAUGAAACUCUCUCCAUUGAGAUUGAGCCCCUAUUUUAUGUAUCACUCUCUUUUAGCUUUCCAGUUUAAUGUUAACAAAUUUUCUUUUUCUGAUUUUGCCUUUGUCUUCUAUAAUGCAUAGGAAAAUUUUGCGGCAAGGCAGAAAAGUAACUCAAGACAUACUUUUCUUGUUGGU